GCGGCGCCGCUUCCUGCGCCCGCAGUCCGCCCUCUCCCUCCCCGCCUUGGGUGGUGCCGCUGCCUCGUCCCUGCUCCAGGCUCAGGGCGGAGGCGGCCGCCGCUCCCUGCUCCGCUCAGCAGCCGCCCCGAUGCAGGCCAUCAAGUGUGUGGUGGUGGGCGACGGUGCUGUAGGUAAAACAUGCCUACUCAUCAGUUACACAACCAAUGCAUUUCCUGGAGAGUAUAUACCCACGGUUUUUGACAACUACUCUGCCAAUGUAAUGGUUGAUGGAAAGCCGGUGAACCUGGGUUUGUGGGACACAGCUGGUCAAGAGGACUAUGACAGACUACGCCCGCUCUCCUACCCCCAAACAGAUGUCUUCUUAAUCUGCUUUUCCCUCGUGAGCCCAGCUUCCUUUGAAAAUGUCCGUGCUAAGUGGUAUCCCGAGGUGCGGCACCACUGUCCCAACACGCCCAUCAUCCUCGUGGGCACCAAACUCGACCUGCGGGAUGACAAGGACACCAUAGAGAAGCUGAAGGAGAAGAAGCUGACUCCCAUCACCUACCCACAGGGCCUUGCCAUGGCAAAAGAGAUCGGCGCAGUGAAAUAUCUCGAAUGCUCAGCACUUACGCAGCGAGGCCUCAAGACAGUGUUUGAUGAAGCCAUCCGAGCAGUGCUGUGCCCCCCUCCUGUAAAGAAGAGGAAGAGAAAAUGUCUGCUGCUGUAAACUCACCCUCCCCCAGCCCAUCAGCCCUGUGCUUUGCUCAACAAUGGAGCAUUCACAUGCCAAUUUUUUCUGUUAUAAAUUAGUUCUCUUCCAUCAAUUCUUCAACCAAUUGACAAUUUCAUGGUUUCAUUUGUUUAAAGUAUGACCCUUACCUUGCAUCCUUCUAAGAGCAAACUCCUGAAAAGACACACCUAUGUAAAGCCUUAUUUUUAAAAUCCUCUUCUUGCUCAAUUAAAUGUUGCCAAACUAUCUGCUGAACUAAGUCGCAUUGUUGUGCUACAAACACUAAGCACUAAACUGUUUUUUAAAGAUU